UCCACAGCGUUUCUAACAAAUCCUUUAUCAGUAGCUGCUGUAGGAAGGUCAAUUCACAUACGGCACUCGUUUUAAUCCUCUCUGUUUUCCUCAAACAUUUAAAGAAUGAGGAAAAGUUUGCCAUGGAGGGUCAUGUUUUGUUGGACAUGGACUAAACCAGUUUUACUUGAAGGUUGCUUGAAUAUAAUGUUAUGUCAUUUUCUCACACUUUUGCCAGUUAGAUUCUAAUCAAAUUGAGUCAGAAUCAUUAUAAGUACAUCAUUUAUAACAAACUAGGUUUGCUAAAGAUCUCCACCCAUGGCCGUGUGUCUUUAAAGGGCGAUAACUCUUUGUGAUAAGCUUAGUGAAUGUUAUUUUUCCUAAAGGCAUUCCAUGGCUCUGACUCCUUACCCCUAUGACUUUUGCCCUUUAGCUGUUUAAUCCCAAAAACAUCAAUUUCAUUCAUGUGCAGUCCAUCAUUUUCACCGGCAACAAAUCCAAACAGGGUUCUCAUGCUCUCUGUCCAUGUCACACUUUUUUUUCAUUUUUGACCAUUCACUCAAAUGUUUUCAUUUCGUAGACACGUUUUCUUUUUUGUGCCCAACUGCCCAUGAGCAAACCUAGACGGCAUUGUUUUCUUAUGUCCUUCAAUUCAAGAUGGUUGUUUUGUAAUUUAUUAUGAUUUAAUUCUGUGGGUGUAUUCUAGAAAUAUCCGGAUUUUAAUUUUUAAACCAUUUCGAACGUUGCAUUUGUCAGAUCUUUACUUAAGACGUGAGACCGAUUUUGUAAUAUGGGCCCUGAUUGUAAUGAUAAGAAUAUUUCACAUUCAAAUGUUUUAGUAUUUUUAUGCUUAAAAAGCACACUUAUUUUAAACAAGGUUGUGAUUGACUUCGAAUUUGGCAUUAUGAUAUCCAAUCUGAUGUGGUAGAUACUUGUGGUAGAUACUACGCUUGCCUGCUGUGAUAUUGGCAUUGCUAGCUGACAGAUUUGCAUGUUGAUCUGUAUCUCUUGGGGUGUUCUUGUGUCUAUAUUAAUUAAAUACCUCGUGCAGGGAUGUGUGAGCAUCUCUGAUAUCCACACUGCAUGAACGCAUCAAUAAAGGUCACUCCCUCUAUUUGUCAUUUCUGCCUUGUAUCCAAGACUCUACCCUUUCUUCAAACAGCAGGGCCUCCCUUAUUUGUGUAACUCACUAUAUAUAUAUGUGUGUCCUUUCUUUCCCUCGCUCUGAGUAGCAAAGGACACAUUCUUGCUUUUGUAUGAAGAUUUAUUAUUGGUUCUUUAAUAUAUUCUUAUUACAGCAGCGGUUUGUUUUAUCGUUCCUUGGAAGCAGGAUUUGACACCUGAGGAUGGUACAGAACAUGGAUAUCAAUGUGUCCACCCUGACAGACUCGGAGCAAGAUCUGAUACUGGAAGUCCUACGGCGCGACGAAGAACUCAGACGCUUGGAGGAGCUCCGUGUGAAGAGGCUGAAAGCAGAAUUUUUGGGAAUCAGAAGAAAGGGUGCCAAGCGUAGCAGUGGGAAAUACAGUGAACACAGCUGCGGCCGCUGCCAGGAGUCCAUGAGCCUUCUGUCCCGCAACAGUAGCCAGUGCAGGGCAUGCAAACAUUACGUCUGCAAGAAAUGUGAAUCUGUUCGACCCAAUGGAUCUUGGGUGUGCACAGUGUGUUCCAAGGAGAUAGAUCUGAAGAUGAGCACUGGAGAAUGGUUCUUUGAUGAGAGAGUUAACCGUUACUCUGCAGCUCCUGGACAUGUUUUAGUCCGAGUUUCCCUCAGGAAGAGGCCUGGAAGUAACAAGCGUGAGACAGCUGGGGAAUCACUAUUAAACAAAUGUGACUUGAAUUCUAGCCAGGCUGUGCCUAUGCCUGUGCCUGUACCCAAACCUCGACUAAAAGACGUCGCACUAGCAAACAAGAGCUCACCUCUUGAGCCUAAUGAUGGACUUGAUGUUCAAGAGCAACAACGUAGUGAAACAGAAUCAGCCGAGAUUGCCAGUCUGGGCAGCAACCACACUGAGACUGAAUCAUCACACAAUACCCCCCAGAUGCAGAGAAAAGAGGAAGUGACAGCUAAAAUUAGUCCAGCAGGCUCCACAGUUUCCAGCCUGGCAGCCCCUGCUAACACUGACAUCCCUGCAACCUCCACCCUGACCAAUGAGAGGGCGUCUUUAAUUCAUCACAUCAACGCCUUCCCUGACUCUCUGCAAGACGUGGAUGGGCUUUUUAAGAAAAGUGUCAGAAGAGUGCACAAACUAUCAGAAAUUAAACCAGUGUCCACCCUUGAUUUGCGUGAAGAUGGAAAAUAUCCCACUGCAUCCUCAAUGGGGGACAGGAGCAAGUCAGUUCCAGGUCUCAAUGCUGAUGAUGAGGAAGAGGAGGAAGAUAUUGAUAUUUUGGUGAAUAUACAUAGACUGAAAUGCAGCGAUGGUCACGGAAGUCUGCGAAGCUCAACGAUGACUUUGGGCAGUACGAUGUCUGUAUACAGUGAAGCAGGAGACUAUGACAGUGUGGAUGUGAGUGGGGAUAUAAACUUCUCUUUCUGCUAUGAUGAGUCCAGUCAGAGUCUGUCUAUUCUGGUUCAUGAAUGCAGAGGACUGGCUUAUGCUGAUGCAGCAAAAAAGAAAUGCAACCCGUAUGUGAAGGCUUACCUUCUCCCAGAAAAGGGGAAGAAGAAAACCUCUAUCAAACAUAACACCGUCAACCCCAGUUUUAAGGAAACACUAAAGUAUUCUAUCACUCGCACCCAGCUGCUGACUCGCAGACUACAGCUCUCAGUUUGGCACUAUGACCGUUUUGGCCACAAUGUCUUCCUGGGUGAGGUUGAGGUGUCAAUGGACAACCCUGACAUUGAAUCAGGCCAUGAAGAAUGUAUGGCACUCAGAGGAAAGGCUUCCACCGCAGCAUCUCCCUUCGAUCAAUUCAGAGGAGAACUGGCGGUUUCACUGAAGUACGUCACAGCAAAUACGACACAUGGAGAGAGUCCUAAGAGGAAAAGUAAAAAGAGCAAAGCGGAGGAGGAUUCUGAACUGCACGUGUUGAUAAAAGAGGCCAAAAAUCUGAGCGCCAUGAAAUCUGGACGCACGUAUGAUUCCUUCGUGAAAGGGUAUCUGCUGCCAUCCAAAAACAAAAACCAUUCAAAGAGGAAGACUCAGGUAGUGAAGAAGACAUUGAACCCACAUUACGACCACACGUUUGUGUUUAAGGAUCUGAACCUGGAGCAGCUGAAGGACAUGUGUCUAGAGCUCACCGUCUGGGACAGAGAGGCUCUCUCCAGCAAUGACUUCCUGGGAGGACUUCGUCUAAGCUUAGGAGCAGUGACUGUGAAGGAAGGAAAGUCAGAGUGGGUGGCAGACUCAACAGGGGAGGAGAUCUCGCUGUGGCAGAAGAUGAUGCAAUACCCAGACUCAUGGGCAGAGGGCACUCUUCCACUGCGCUCAUCCAUGGGAAGGGGCAAGUAAGAAAUUGGUCGGAUUACAAAGACAAGGGCGAUUCAUUCUGUUUAUACGUGUUGCCCUACAACACGCUCAAGUUUAUAAGAAUUUUAAGGGUUAUACGUGUUUUGUAUUUUAACAAACGUUCAGACAAACUGAAAUGGAAAAUGGCAGUAUGCAUUUAUUCAUUGUAUUUAUUUCUUUUAACUGUUGUAGCUAAAUGGAUUUUUUUAAACACAAUAUAAUUUCAAAUGUAUGUCCACAGUAAAUGCUUUAAUUAAAAUAACACUACCUAUAAAUGAGCACUUAUAUGUCCAUAUAACAACUUGAUUUUCAUUUUAAAGUAAAUUUUGUCAUUAUGCUGUAUAGUUUACCAUUGUGAGCACACUCUUGUUUGAGCUACACAAAAUUACCAUUAUACAAUAAAUAUUCAAUAUUUUAAACAA